GAAGAAACACAGAAAAAUGAAAGCAAAUGGAGAGGACCAGAAACGUCUGUGUGUGUGGUUAUGCUACGGGAAAUUAGUGUGAUGUCACAAACACACACACACAGCACACACACACACACACAGCACUCAGGAAGAACAUCACAAAUACGCACACACAUGUACACAAAAUGCGUUUUCAUCGGGCUGAAAAGUGACGCAGAACAUCACCAUCAUCACUAAAGGAGAUGCAGUGAUGGACACGAGUGAGGAGGAAACGAAGCCGCUGAUGAUGUGCGAGCGCUCGGGGAGUCAUAAGUCGAGCUGUGACUCCUUCAUGUUCGUGCACUUGUACUACAGCUCAGCGUCAAAAAGCAAGAGCACGCUCUCCAUCCCUGCAGGACACAUGACUGCAGAGAGCGUCUGCGUACUCGCAGCUAAAAACUGCGGGAUACUCCCUGUGUUUCAGAGUUUAUUCGCUCUGGCGUCAGAAGAUCUGUCAUUCUGGUAUCCACCAACACACAUGUUUAAGAGUGACGAGAGUGUAACUGUACACUACAGAGUGCGGUUCUUCUUCUCAGGAUGGUUUGGUCAGAGUUCCAGAGCGACAUAUCGUUACAGUCUGAGCUCUGGGAGGAUUUGCGCUGUGCUGGAUUACAGCGUCAUUGACUAUCUCUUCGCUCAGUCCCGCAGUGAUUUCGUCUCAGGCUGUGGAGGGGUGCGUCCUCCGGUCAGUGCCAUUCAGGAGUGUUUGGAUUUGGCUGUGCUGGACCUCUGGAGCCAGGCCAAGGAGAAGAACCACAGUGUGAAAGAAGUGUGUAAGACCAUCAGCUACAAGUCGUGCCUGCCUGAGACACACCGAGAAGAAAUCCAGCGAAUGACCCGGCUAGCGCGCUAUCAGAUCCGUAAGAACCUCAAACACUUCCUGAAGAAACUGGGCCGCUGCUCAGCCGGAGAGCGAAGUCUGAAGCUCAAGUACCUGAUGGAGCUGAGCUCCGUGGAACCCAACUACGGCUCUGAGUGCUUCAUCACAUCUUGCUCCAUGGUGAGAGUCUCCGGAGAGGGAGGGAUCCAGACAUGCUCCUCCGAUGGCCAGGAGUGGCAGACCUUUUGUGACUUCCCGCAAAUCACAGACAUCAACAUGAAGCGUCUUUGCCGAGAGCAACUUCCUGCUGAGGGACGUGUGGUGACUCUGACUAGACAGGAUGAUAGAUGCUUGGAAGUGGAGUUUGAGACGCUGGCUGUGGCUCUGUCCUUCGUGUCGCUCAUCGACAACUACUUCAGACUCACCACGGACUCCAGUCACUACUUCUGCUCUGAAGUGGCUCCUCCGAGUCUGCUGCAGGACAUCGACAGUCACUGCCACGGGCCCAUCACGUCAGAGUUUGCGGUGCACAAGCUCAAAAAGGCUGGAGCUAAAAAUGGUACAUUCCUUCUUCGGCGCAGCCCCAAGGAGUAUGAUAAGUACUUCCUCAUGAUCUGCUUACAGACGCCGCUUGGUAUCGACUAUAAAGACUGUCUGAUCGAGAAGAAUGACAAGUUUCACCUGGCAGGAAUCCACAGCUCCUUCGACAGUCUGAGACGGCUGACAGACUUCUACAAGCGAAACACACUUGUACUGUCCGACAUUCCUGUCAAACUGGGCAUGUGCUGUCCACCUCAGGCUAAAGAGCUCUCGAACCUGAUCAUCGUCAGGAACAGCAGUGUGUGUGAGACGCCAAGCUCCCCCACUCAGCACCGACACAGACCCAGUCACAUUCAGUUCCAUAUGAUCAAACACGAGGACUUAAUCUGGAAGGAAAGUCUGGGUCAGGGCUCGUUCACACACAUCUACAAAGGCUGUAAAGUGGACCGGCGGGAUGGAGAGCCUCUCACCACUGAGGUUCUCCUCAAAGUCCUGGAUGUAGAACACAAAAACAGCUGGGAGUCUUUUUUCGAAGCAGCCAGCUUCAUGAGUCAGAUUUCCCAUAAGCACCUGCUGCUGGUGUUCGGCGUCAGCGUCCAUAAAUCUAAAAACAUCAUGGUUCAGGAGUUUGUGAAGUACGGAGCUCUGGAUCUUUACCUGAAGAGGUCGAGUGUUUCACUCAGCUGGAAGCUGGACGUGGCCAAGCAGCUCGCCUGCACACUCAACUUCCUGGAGGAGAAAAACAUUGUUCAUGGGAACAUCUGCGCAAAAAACCUGCUUCUGGCACGAGAGGGAGAUCCGAACUUGGAAAACUCGCCUUUCAUUAAACUCAGUGAUCCAGGCAUCAGUGUGGCCAUGCUGGGCAAAGAAGUGGUUUUAGACAGGAUCCCGUGGGUGGCCCCGGAGGUGUUGGAGAAGCUGGAGUUGGGGCUGCAGUGUGAUAAAUGGAGCUUCGGCACAACGUUGUGGGAGAUUUUUAACGGAGGAGAAAUUCCUCUGCAUUGCCUUGACCCCAAACAGAAGCAGCGGUUUUAUGAUCAGCGCUCACAGCUGCCGUGUUUGGAGUGGGCUGAACUGGCUGAUCUCAUCUCUCAGUGCAUGCAGUAUCAGGCCGAGCUGAGACCGUCCUCUCGCAGCAUCAUACGCCACCUUAACGGCCUCAUCACUCCUGAUUACGAGGUUCUGCAUGCCAGUGGCUCUGUGUCAGAAAGAGAUAGCUUCUGGAGAGCUCUGAGCAAACAACAACAACAGGAAGUGUAUGAGGAGAGACACCUCAAGUUCCUUUCUUCUCUGGGAAAGGGUAACUUCGGCAGGGUGGAUCUGUGUCGGUACGACCCCCUGGGUGAUAAUACGGGCGAGCUGGUGGCCGUGAAGCAGCUGCAGUCCAGCAAACAGUCCAACAUGGCCGACUUCCAGAGAGAGAUUGAGACCAUCAGCUCGCUGCACUGUGACUACAUCGUCAAAUACAGGGGAAUCUGCUACAGCGCAGGACGUUUGAGUAUGAGGUUGGUGAUGGAGUUCCUGCCCUUCGGCAGUUUGAUCAGCUACAUGGAGAAAUACAAACACAUCAUCACCACACGGAGAAUGCUGCUGUUCACCUCGCAGAUCUGUAAGGGAAUGGAGUAUCUGCAGCACAUGCGUUAUGUGCAUCGUGAUCUGGCAGCGAGGAACAUCUUGGUGUCGAGUGACACGCUGGUGAAGAUCGCAGAUUUCGGACUGACUAAGAUCGUCCCUCUGGAUAAAGAGUAUUAUCGAGUCACACAGUCUGGAGAGAGUCCCAUCUUCUGGUACGCGCCAGAAUCCUUAUCAGAGUAUAAAUUUUCCCACAAAUCAGACGUGUGGAGUUUUGGUGUUCUUCUACACGAGCUGUUCUCCUACUGUGAGUUGAGCAGGAACCCUAAGCGGCUGUCACUACAUCGGAUAGGAGGUGACAUCCAAAGCGCAAUGAUGACUGUUCAUCUCUUCAACGUCCUGAAGGAGAACUGGAGGUUGCCAGCACCUGCCUUGUGUCCACCAAAAGUGUACAGCAUGAUGAUGCAAUGCUGGGCAUUCAACAGCGAGGACAGACCCACCUUCUCCUACCUACAGGACCUGAUUGAGAGCAGCCUCCAGGACGAGAGGGAAGGAGCUAAAGGAUGAAAAGCGAAUCAUGAAGAAUAUAAUGAAUGUAUAAACUACCUGGAAUUUUAUGAGUCACACGCUUGUUGGUCAGACACAGACUAUUACUCACUCGUUACUCCUUUACAAGUGUCGUCUAAGAAAGAAGCACACAAAGGACUUCAAAGGGUUUUAUUUUUAAAGCUGUUAUGUGUUUCUCACUUCAUAACUCUGCUUCUUCUUCUCCUUAUUAUUAUUAUUAUUAUUAUUAUUAUUAUUAUUAGUAGUAGUAGUAGUAGUAGUAGUAGUAGUAUUAACAACCUUCAACUCUUAAAUGAAGUAAAUCGCUUUAAAUAUAAACGAAAGCAGAAGGGGAACGGAUCUAACAGAUAAACAUUUCUCUUAUUUAAACAUUUCUCUGAAAUGACCUGGAAACUCAAGGACUGUAAAAUAGAAAGUUAAUUACAGAAGAAUAGGGAACAUUUUUGGAAAUAAUUCAAUCAUAAUCUAUAUUUUUAUUACAUGUUACAGCUUUAUGUGAUAAAAAGCUACACAGUUAUUAUGUUAUUACAUCAUUAUAUUACAUUAUGUUAUGUUUUACGUCAUAUACAGCUGGUGAUGCUGGUAAAAGACCAUCUGCACUAAUGGUCAUGAAAAUAAUCAUCUAUUAUAAUCAUCUUAUGCUUUACUUUUUUGAUGGAGUUCUAAUGACAAAAACUGUGUACGAUUUUUUAAAUUAUUAUUAUUAUUAUUUUUAUAAUUUUUUAUGACUUUUGUGACUUUUCAUAAUAAUAUCAGUGCUUUUUUUUUUUUUUUUAGGAAAAAAGGAUGGGUUGAAUUGAGCAAGUUAGUAAUGUCAUUUGUAUAACGUCUGUUUCUUUGGCAUCUGUAAUAUCUGUCUAUACAUUCAACAAAAAAUAAAAUGGAUCUUUGUUCUCCUAGUGCCACUUUACCACUGAACCCUGCUCAGGGCCAUAGGUAUUUGGACAGCGACACAAUUCUCCUAAUAUUGCCUCUGUACACCACCACAGUGGAUUUGAAAUGAAGCAUUCAAGAUGUGCCUGACGUGUCGACUUUCGCUUUAAUUCGAUUUUUUACAAAGUCCCUCCAUUUUCACAGACUCAGAAGUAUAAAUAUUAGGAUUCCUUUUAAUAUGUGGAUGCAAAUCCUUUGCAGUUAAUGACUGCUUGAAGUUUGGAGCCCAAUGGACAUCACCAAACGCUGAGUUUCCUCCUUUGAGAUGCUUUGCCAGGUCUUUACUGCAGCCGCCUUCAGCUGCCGCUUGUUCGUGGGUCUUUCUAUCUUCAGUAAGUGAAAAGCAGCUCAACUGGGUUCAGACCAUCAGACAAUUAAGUACAUUUAAAAUGUUUUGGGUCAUUAUCCAUCUGUACUAUGUGCUGUUUUAUCAGUUUCACAGCAUUUGACUGAAUCUGAGCAGAAGGUAAAGCUCUGUAUGCUUCAGAAUUCAUCCUGCUCCUUCUAUCAGCAGUCACAUCAUCAAUAAACACCAGUGACCCAGCCAUACAUGCCCAUGCCAUAACACCUCCUCCACCAUGUUUAAUGG